CGCGCCGUGCGUCUUUCUUUAGCAGUGCGCGCUCCAGACGAAUUUAGUCUCGACAGUAAACGCAAAAUUCUCCACCAUGGUGCAGAUAGUCGGCAAGUACCAAUUCGUGUCCGCUGAGAACUUCGAGGACUACCUCAAGAGCUUGGGCAAAACCGAGCUCGCGGAGGUGUUCGCGCAGGCCGCGCCGGUCGUCGAGAUCCAGCAGAACGGCGAUCAGUGGGUUAUCACGGUCAGCAGCAAGGGCAAGAGCGGUUCCGCCACCUUCAAGAUCGGCGAGCCCUACGACGAGCAGUUGCUGUCCCUGCCGACUAGCUUCAAGAGCGUCACCACGAGGGAAGGCGACAACUUCAGAACCGAGACCUCGUUAACCGCGGAUCUCAAGGCGAUUCGAGUUUACGAGUUUACGGCCGACGGAAUGGUUGUGCACCUAUCCUCCAACAAAAGCGACGUCAAAGCUAAGCGCAUAUACAAAAGACAGUGAAGUUUCUAAUUUAACUAAAUACAAUACACCGCCUUGCUUAAUUAAAGAGAUACAAAUAUAAAAACAAACACGCUCUCUCUUUCUCUCACACAUUUCCUACAUCACGCACCAUAGCUGUCCACUUUCCCGGAAAAUACCCAACACGUCGAGGAGGCGGGGUGAGGAUAACGGAGGACGGACGUUGAGUGUGUUUGUUCGUUUGUUCACACGGUUCAAACGUAAUAUGUCAUUUAUUUAAGUAUGAAUUCUGAGAAAGAAAAAUAAAUGGUGACAAAUACGCGUA